AUGGAGCGGGUCAGAUCAAGGUACUUCUGGUACGGGCUAUCAACGGAUGUUGCAAACUACGUGGCAUCAUGCCACUACUGUAGUAUGAACAAAAAAGCAUCCAAGACCAGCAGGCACGAGCUGCUUAAGUACCAUGCGGGUGCAUCAAUGGAAAGGGUACACUUGGACAUUUUGGGACCAUUGCCUAAGACUCCGAAAGGCAGCGAAUAUCUCCUGGUGAUGGUAGAUCAGUUCACUAAAUGGAUUGAGUGUGUGCCACUACCGUCCCAGACGGCAGAGGACACCGCCAGAGCAGCACUCGAUGGGUUCUUCACCAGGUUCGGGUAUCCGUUUGAGAUCUUCACUGACCAGGGCAGGAAUUUUGAAAGUGACUUGUUUACGAAACUCUGUGAAUUGAUGCACAUCCACAAGGCCCAGACUACCGCCUACAGGCCGUCGGCGAAUGGGCAGGUGGAAAGAUAUAACAGAACCAUCAUGGAUGCAUUGCGGUGUUAUGCCAGUUACCAACAUGACAGCUGGGACACCUAUAUUCAACACAUAGCAGGGACCAUCAGGUCUAGUGUGAACCGACAGACUGGCUUCACGCCCAACAAGUUAAUGCUCGGUUGGGAAACCAACCAGCCAAUAGAUUUAAUGUACCCCCGGGAGGUGCAACUUCAAUCAGAUGCAAUACCUUACUUAGCAAAUUUGCAGAGGGAAAUUGAGAAGGCGCAUGCAUUGGCACGGAAAUCUCUAUCUACAAACCAGGAACGAAUGAAGAGAUAUUAUGACCUACGGGCACGGCUACAGGUCUAUGAGAAAGGGGACCUGGUUUACCUGCUGGACACGGCACAGGUGAAGGGGCAGUGCCGGAAGAUCUCACCGCAGUGGAAGGGCCCAGGCGUCAUCAUCCACAAGUUCUCAUCUUGUUUAUUCAGGGUCAAGCUCCAGAAUGACAAUAUCACAGCAAAUCACGAUAAACUAAAGAAGUGCAAGGACCUUACAUGCCCGGGCUGGAUUGAGAAGUUUAAACGUCAUGUCACAGGUUCAGGACCCAGUGGGAGUGCCAUACAAGGACCUUUACUGUGUGUGUGUCGGCAACCAUACGAUGGAAAGUUUAUGGUGCAAUGUGAUAUGUGCGCGGAGUGGUUCCAUGGGGUUUGCGUGGGAGUGACUCUGGCGAGUGUACGGUCUAAACCAGAGUAUGCAUGUCCUCGGUGUGAGUCCUCGGUGUGA